AUGUUAAAAAUCUUUUUCGCCGUUUUCCUCUCUACUGUAUUAGCGAAAUAUGAUCCGUUGCAAGAGAAGGCCCGGAUUAUGGAAUCCAUCAUGGAUCCAAACGUAAAGCCUUGCGAUGACUUCUGGUCAUUUGCCAAUGGGCGAUUAAAAUACGAUUUGACAAGAUUCUAUUUGACACAGGCAAGAUCGGCUCUUUCUCGCUAUAAUCCAAAGCACGAGGUGAGUUGUACCGCGGCACACCACUCCUCUUCGUCUCCUGUGUUUACUACAAAUGUUGUUCUAGGGCACCUCGCUUGGUUCCGUUAAGGACCAAUACAAAAAAUGUCUGAAAAACCCGCCGCAAUUCCUGGGAAAUCUACAAACAGAAGACGGCGGACAAAGGGCAGCGGUGGAAGCGUUCAUCCAGCGGGUCCGCGAUGGACCCAACGUGACACACGAGGGUACUUUUACGCUUCUCCUUCAGGAAGGAUACAAAUUGCUCUACCAAUACGGAAGCCGUGAUUUUCAAGGGAUAAUUGAAACUUGGGUUAUUAUUGAUGGAAUUGUCCUCCCAUACCCAACCACUCCGCCAAUCGCUUGGCAACAAUCAGUGCUAAACAGCAGCGACCCAACACAUAGACCGUUUCUAAGCGAGGUGUUUGGGGAGGCGCCAAGCAGUAAAUGGCCGGUGUAUAUUCCCUACCCUUCCGAUGCAAAGGUAACCUAAAGUUUUUUCUCAAGAAUGGCCUGCAGAAAAGGUCAACUGAUCAUUAUUGCAACGUCAUAUAUAAUACGCGCAAACUAGUAUGUAUUAUAGACAAGAAACUCACUCAUUAAUGAUCUUUCAAUUGCUGCAUGGGACACAUUGCGCAUUCCACUAUACGAAUCAUGCGAAAUGUAUAUCGUCAACGCUUUCAGCAUUUAUUAUGCGAAAAUUUUGGCCGAUUACUUAGGAUCCGAGUAUUUGUCAGCAGUCGACAAGCAGCUAGAAUCGGAUCUCGUUGAGCUGCUGAAAUCGGCAGAAACAGCUCUACGAUACGGCAAUGCGCUCAGCCAAAAUAUGACGGACAUUUUGCUGGACAGGCUCAAAGGGAACAAAUUCCCUCGAAUCAGCCAUCCAAUCUUUUCGGACGAACUGUUUUACAAAUUUCUUGGGCAUGUCGAUGCCACCAAUUUGACCGUGCAAAGACGAUGGCUGAACAACCUUACGCCGUUGAUGCGCGCAAUGGGAGACCGUGAAGUUGUGGACUUGCGGGUUCCGGAACCGGACGUAUGUUUUCAAGGCUGUUUAUACUGGUGUUCUUCACUUAUCAAGGAAAUAGCAUUUACAUACAUUGAUGUUUCAGUUUAACGCGGCUCAUUCGCGUAAAACACAAAGAACGUUUGUGAACUUUCCAAUAGUGACGCCAACUACCUUCGAUCCAUCGUAUCCUCCAAUUCUUCGGUUCUCCGGCUUAGGAGCUGCUGCCGGUCAUGAGUUUGGUCAUGAUCUUGGUAGGUUCGGUAACAUUGUCGUACACCAUAUGCACUUCAGAUGAGGGUUUGGAAACCGAUGGAAUUGUGGAGUUUGAUUCAACCUAUCGGCAGGUGUUUGACUGCAUUUACAACUAUUAUAAAGAUCAGUGCAAUCCCGAGCAGCCAUGGCUCUGCAUUGACCCGAAACACGAUGUCAACGAGGCUUUCGCUGAUAGCUUUGGCGUUCAAAUGGCGUAUCUUGCGUAUAAACGAAGCACUGCCACAAGCGGGAUAGUGAAGCGGCCGAGCGGGACAGUUCUGGAUGGUCUCACGAACGACCAACUGUUCUUCCUUAACUUUGCCCAAGUUUUAGCUGUAGCGCCGAACUGGGCCCGGCACAACACUCCAAGCGACUUGCAUCCUCCGGGUCCCACCCGUGUCUGGGGAGCCCUGUCCGGAUUCCCGGCGUUUGCAAACGCUUUCAACUGUCCUGUUGGCAGCAAUUAUCGCCAACCUGGUGGUUGCAGUUUAUAUAAUAUCGACCUGUUGCCGGAAUACAACAUUACUGAUAACCUCAUGCACUAA